CUUCAUCAAAGGUCAUAGCCAUUCGCUGACAUUUAUAUCCGGAUGAAAAGAAAAAGGUGUUGGUUUUUAGUUGUAAAAUUAGUUUGUAUUAUGUAGCGUUUGUCCAGGAGAUACGAAGAUCUAUUACUCGAGUAAUUUUAAACAUUUUAUUCGAGGGGAUUUAGAUGAGCUUACCGUAGUUGUCCAAAUACAGCCGCACAGCAAUUUAAAGGGGUCUGAAUUUGACUUCGGUCAAAAAUUAUAAUAAUAAUAAUAAAAUGCUGCUGAAAGUGCGUUUGAGAAGAUAACAAAUGUCGGGGACAGAAAGCAUCGUGGAAAGACACUCAUUUUCAUGAGUCCUUCCCACAUGGGGAACAUUACAUAACAGCCUCGGAGCGGCAGCCGGGAGAGCAACCUGCCGAGACGUUGGAGAUGAAGUCCAGGAGAGUCGGACCUCCAGACGGGGGUUACGGCUGGGUGGUGGUCGCUUCAGCCUUUUUUGCUAUGGGCCUUACCGGAGCUGUCCUCAAAAACUUCGGCCUCUUCUUCCUGGAGAUCCAGAGUCACUUUGGAGUCCUGACCAGCACUACCUCAUGGGUUUCUUCCACAACUAUUGCUAUGUUUCAUAUAGGAGCUCCAGCAGCCAGUGCACUGACGUUACGGUUUUCUCAGAGAGUGGUCAUCGUAGUUGGAGGAGUUCUGUGUACUUUGGGGAUGUCGCUGGCCUCUCUGGACAUCAAUCUGCCUUGGCUCUACCUCACUAUGGGUGUCCUACAAGGAACAGGUAUCUCCUUCUCAUGGGUUCCUGCUAUCAGCAUGGUGAAUCACUACUUUUCAAGAUGGCGCCCCAUUGCCUACGCCAUCGCCAGCUCAGGGGAGUGUGUCUUUGCCAUCGUUUUCAGCCCGCUAUUCAAGUGGCUCAUCGAGUUGUACAGCUGGCAGGGCGCGUUGCUCAUCAUCGGAGGCCUUCAGUUCAACCUGUGUGUUUGCGGUGCGCUCAUGAGGCCCCUGGAGGCAACUCGGCCCUCACACAUGAACCUCAAAGAGAGCGCAGAGGACAGUGCUGCUGCGCCUCCACCAAAGAAGAAGGCAGUCUUCCAGUGCGGCCUGCUGAAAAAACCCGAACUUCUUCUCUACAUCUUGUUUGCGAUCUUUGCAGCAGCCGGGUUUUUCAUCCCGACCCUCUUCCUGGUUCCCUUUGCCAACAGCUUGGGGAUCAAUAAGUACUGGCCAGCGUUCAUUCUGUCUGUCAUGGCCGUCGCCGACCUGGCCGGCCGGCUGUUUUGUGGCUGGCUGGCAAACAUGAGGCUUCUGAGGAACCUGCAGCUGCUCACCAUCGUCACGACGCUGCUGGGGGUCGUGCUGCUCCUGCUGCCCAUCAGUCACAACUACUGGUCCGUUCUGGUGUUCACCUCGAUCUACGGCUUCCUGUUUGGCUGCAUGGUUGCCAUUCAUGUCACCUCCAUCGUGGACGUCGUGAGCUUGGAGGGCUUUGACAGCGGACUGGGGCUCUUCAUGCUGUACAGGAGCAUCGGAGGUUUUCUCGGCCCGCCUGCUGGAGGCUGGUUGGUGGACAAGGUGAACAACUUCAGCGCUGCCUUCUACCUCUCUGGCUUUUGCCUUGUUACAUCAGCCGUGUUUGUCGUCGUGGUCGACCGCCUCAUCCAGAGGAGAAAAUCUGCGGAGGCCGCCGGCCAUCAGACGAUCCACUACGAGGGCGACGGCGAAACGGGGAAAAUCGAAGGACUCAUCGUUGCACAAGAAUCUUAACUUCAGCCCAGCGCGUGAAGACUGAGCGGACGCAGGACGACGUGGCCUGGACUGAGUUCAACAAAUGUUUAAUGUUGGAGUGUUUGUGUUUGGAUAGUUUGUGAGAUUAAUUUUCGAUACACCUGGAAAAAAAAAAUGAAACACUUUACAUGAUUUACCUGAAAGUAGAGGGAGGAGGCCGCGGGGAAAACCCAGGACACGCUGGAGGGAGUAUGUCUCUCUGCUGGCCUGGGAACGCCUCGGGAUUCCUCCGGAGGAGCUGGAAGAAGUGGCUGGGGAGAAGAAAGUCUAAAGCUGCUACCCCCUGCGACCCGACCCCGGAUAAGCGGAAGAAGAUGGAUGGAUGGAUGGAUGGAUGGAUGGAUGGAUGGAUGGAUGGAUGGAUGAAAGUAGACCAAAGGAUUAAACACAGAACAUGGCAGUUUUAAAAAAGUAUCUGAGUAGAAAAAAUCAAAAUCUUCCCAGUGACCUUUUGAUUGGAGCUUCACAUCAGCUUGGAGGAGUUUUAAUUUAGGUUUUAUUUUGCUCAAACAAAUGUUUAUAACACAUGUAAUCUCCUCUUCCAGCUCGAUUACUGUCAAAACUUCGGUUUGGCUGUUUUUAAAACUUUUCUUCCUUUUUCCAUUAUUGCCGUUUUAGAGAGGAAGAAAAUGUAGGAAACGUUUAGGGAUGAAAUUCAUCACUACGUGGUGCUGCUAUCUUAGCCUGAACAAUGACUUUACCACCAACAUGUUUUAUACACGUUUAUGCUGGAAUGUGCUGUUUUUGUUUCCUCAAAUAAAUAUGCAGUGCAAUUUAUAAGUUUUUUUGUAUCUAAUCUUAAAUAAACUGAUUGUCUUUGUUAUUCUUAUAGGGAUGAACUAAUGCUGGGCAAUUUUCUUUUUAUUUAAAAAAAAAAUAAA